AUGCAGUAUGGCACAACAGGGAAGAGAGAAGCCUCGAAACACUUCGAUAGAACUGGUGUGACAACCAGUCUCAGCAUCCCAAAGGAGCAAGAAGUCUCGGAAGGGGCGUCGGCCCCAAGCCAAGCUUGGUCCAGGUCCAGGCCCAAGCCCCAGUCGACCAAUGGAGCGACAUGGAGACACGGAGGGAGGGAAUUUGAAGAUCUCAACUGUGAGUCUGUGACUGACCCACACACCUCACAGCUGAGCAUUGAUCGCCCUGGUCAAAAUUCCUUGUUGAAAUAG